GGGUGAGAAGAUGACAGAUUGACGUCAUCGGCUGUGACUGACGCAGAGCGAGCGGAGAGGCAGCAACCUCAUUCCGGCUAAAAACAGCACCUCUAAUUAGCCUCAACAAGAACGGAGGGGUUUUUUCUCUCUCACUGAGCAUCCUCCAAAAAUAACGAGAUAAAAGAUACGAUGGCCACCUCCUCCUCCACACUGGAAGAAGAUGAGAGUUUGAAAGGCUGUGAAUUUUUUGUCCAGAAGCACAAUAUCCAGCAGAUCCUCAAAGAGUGCAUUGUCAACCUCUGCAUCGCCAAGCCAGAGCGUCCUAUGAAGUUCCUUCGGGAACAUUUUGAAAAGCUGGAGAAAGAAGAAUGCAAGCAGAUCAUGGCACGUCAGAAAUCUAACAGCCAAUCAGACUCUCACGAUGAUGAAGUUUCUCCCCCACCACCAAACCCAGUUGUAAAGGCCCGGCGCCGCAGAGGGGGAGUCAGUGCCGAAGUCUACACCGAAGAGGAUGCUGUCAGCUAUGUCCGCAAGGUGAUUCCAAAGGACUACAAAACCAUGACUGCCUUGGCAAAAGCCAUCUCUAAGAAUGUGCUUUUUGCUCACCUGGACGACAAUGAAAGAAGUGAUAUAUUUGAUGCCAUGUUCCCCGUCACCCACAUUGCAGGAGAAACGGUUAUCCAGCAAGGCGAUGAAGGCGACAAUUUCUAUGUGAUUGACCAAGGUGAAGUGGAUGUGUAUGUGAAUGGUGAGUGGGUGACCAGUAUUGGAGAAGGGGGUAGUUUUGGAGAACUAGCCCUGAUCUAUGGGACACCCAGAGCUGCUACAGUCAAGGCUAAGACUGAUCUUAAACUGUGGGGCAUCGAUCGAGACAGCUAUCGUCGCAUCCUCAUGGGUAGCACACUGAGGAAGAGAAAGAUGUAUGAAGAGUUCCUCAGCAAGGUCUCGAUCCUCGAGUCUUUAGAAAAAUGGGAGCGUCUGACCGUGGCUGACGCUCUGGAGCCCGUUCAGUUUGAGGACGGAGAGAAGAUAGUGGUUCAAGGGGAACCUGGUGAUGACUUCUUCAUUAUUACAGAGGGUAUAGCCUCCGUUCUGCAGCGCAGGUCCGACAAUGAGGAGUAUGUGGAGGUUGGCCGCCUCGGACCUUCCGACUACUUUGGUGAAAUUGCUCUUCUCUUGAACCGUCCCAGGGCAGCCACCGUUGUCGCCCGUGGGCCACUCAAAUGUGUGAAACUGGACAGGCCCCGCUUUGAGCGUGUGCUUGGGCCGUGCUCAGAGAUCCUAAAGAGAAACAUCCAGAGAUACAACAGCUUCAUAUCUCUGACUGUGUGAAACGCUGCCCCCCUCCCGGGGCUCCACCAGCAUGGCUGGCCAACAUCAGCAACAGAGUUUAUCUAUGUGUGGGAAUGGUGAGGAUGUGGGGGAAGGACAUGGGAUUUAUAGCUACAGUGAUGGGGCACUCUUUUCUUGCCUUUUUUUCUAUGAUUUGCACGUUUCUUUCUUUUCAUCCUGUGCUCUUUGACUUGACCUGUGCUUAAUGUAAAAAAAAAAAACACCACGGCGGCAUGAAGACAUUCAAAUACAUGUGUCACAUAUGUAGAGUGUCAACUGUACAUGAUGCAUGCUUCUAGACUGACACAGGGAGGCGUUUGCACUUUCAAGAAAUUGCAAAGUGUCCGGGUUCCAAAUGAAUUCAGGUAAUUAAAGAGGAAGUGAAAGUCACGUUCACUUACAGUAAGAGAAAGUAGGCUUCACAUUUCUUUUCUUGCUGGCUGCCAUUUGCCUUUUUUCCCCACUUUGGGUUUGAGCUUGCUGUGUGCAGUGGUGCCAUAUCAAGGUCAAUUUAGACCCGCACAACUCAGGCCUCUGUUAGCUAAAACCUCAAAUUUAGAGCUAUUAAAAAAAA